AUGUCCUCAGACCGUCCGACCUUCCAAUCCGCCCUCCUCGCGGGCGCCCUCGCCGGAACAACCGUCGACCUCUCCCUCUUUCCUCUCGACACCCUCAAGACCCGCCUCCAAUCCUCGGCCGGCUUCUUUCCCUCUGGUGGUUUCAGCGGCAUCUAUCGCGGUAUCGGUUCCGCCCUGGUCGGCUCUGCGCCAGGCGCUGCUUUCUUCUUCUGCACAUACGAGGGCGUGAAGGGUCUUUUGGCCGAUAAGGACGGUAAUGCGCCGGGGUGGAAGGCUCCCGUGUCGCAUAUGGCUGCUGCUAGUGCGGGCGAGGUGGCCGCUUGCGCUGUGCGUGUACCGACAGAAGUCGUCAAGCAGCGUGCUCAGGCGGGACAUCAUGGAGGUUCUUCAGCUGCUGCUCUGCGGGCUAUCCUCUCGCGCUACUCAACCCAGGGCUUUGUAGCCAUGUGGCGCGAGCUCUAUCGCGGCUGGGGAAUUACUGUAUUCCGUGAGGUUCCCUUCACCGUGAUCCAGUUCCCGCUAUGGGAAGCCAUGAAGUCUUGGGGUCAGCGCCGUCGUGGUGGUCGCGAAGUGACCGGUGCUGAGAGCGCUCUUUACGGAAGCAUGGCUGGCGGACUGUCUGCAGCACUGACUACGCCUCUCGAUGUUCUCAAGACAAGGGUUAUGCUGUCAAAGGAGAGCGUCUCAGUGGCAGACGCGUUCAGUAGAAUAAUGCGAGAAGAAGGUAGCAGAGCGUUCUUUGCGGGUAUAGCACCGCGUGUGACUUGGAUCUCUAUCGGAGGCGCAAUCUUCUUGGGAAGUUAUCAAUGGGCUAUCAACACAAUGAACAACAGUCUUGUGUAA